AUGUGUGAGGGCGAGAUUGCGCUCAAGGGCAAUCCACAGGAGCUGCAAGCCUUGGGCAGGUUCUCUGCCACACUUGCUGAGCUCAACACCAAGGAAGACACCAAGUCUGAUGAUGGAUCGAAGGACAAGAAGGUUGAUGACAUCGAAGAUGAUGGCAAUGCCGAGCGGGCCAAGGCUGUCAAUGAUCCGACAUCGGAAGACGAGUACAACAGCAAGAGACUGGACAAACUGGUCAUUGACGGGGGCUUGGGUACAGAUAUCAACCCGGCAAGCCUUGAAGGAACUUUGGUUGAGGACGAGGAGCGUGAGACUGGGCGGAUCAAAAUGGAUGUUUGGCAUAUAUUCCUCUCAGCAUGCGGUGGCUACUGGUACUGGUUUGCUGUUCUUUUGUUAAACUCCCUGACCAAAGUGGUUGCGAUUGUACAAGACUACUGGAUCCGCAUCUGGGUAGAGGCAAACAACACAGCAUCUCCACCCGUGGUUCUACGCGAUUCUACCGACACAGUAUCACCAACAGCAAACACCAACAUAGUCGGCCAGCAUACAGUAUCGUUUUGGAUCGGUAUUUACCUGGCAAUCGGUGUCAUCGAACCUGCCUAUGCAUAUUCUGGACUGAUCAAAGCUGCCAGAAAUGUGCAUGCAAAGCUGAUCAGGUCAGUUGUCCAUGCCACACCACGCUUCUUUGAUUCGACACCAUUCGGCCGGAUCAUUAACCGGUUCUCCUGUGACAUGGAAUCGAUUGGCACGAACACCCUAGAUUCACUCAUUUGGAUGUUUGCAGACUUCAUCUCUGCAUUGGGUGUUAUCAUCAUCAUCACUGCAGUUACGCCGCUGUUCAUUUUUGUUGCUGUUGUCAUCACAUUCGCAUAUGUGGUGAUUGCCAAGCAUUAUUUGGAUUCAACCCGCGAACUGAAGCGACUCGAGUCAAAUGCCUCAGCGCCGCUGCUGUCGCUGUUUGGCGAGCUGAUACAGGGUGUAUCGUCGAUCCGCGUGUUUGGUCUCAAAAAGUACUACAUCAUGGAGGCCAUUAACAGAUCAGAUGAGCUGAAUCGCCCAUUCUACCUAACAAUGGUGUCGAGCCGCUGGAUCUUCAACGCCGGUCUUGCUGGGUUUGCAUUGGUAUAUGAACUGCAGUUUAAAGACUAUAUGCUGUUUGCCACCCGGAACUAUGGCGACAAUGAGCUGAACAUGAACGGUGUUGAGCGGGUUAGCCAGUAUCUAAAGCUUGACCAGGAGGCCAGCGCUCAGUCGAUGCCCGAGAACAAGCCCGUCAGCAACUGGCCCAGGACUGGUGAUCUUGAGAUUGAGGACCUGGUCGUCGAGUACGUGCCUAAUGUCCCAGUGUUGCAUGGCCUGAGCAUGUCGAUCAAGCAUGGCGAGAAGAUUGGUGUGGUUGGUCGCACCGGCGCUGGCAAGUCGAUGCUGUCGCUGGCGUUCCUGCAGUUCAUCGAGGCAGCCAAGGGCCGGAUCGUGCUUGACAGGGUCGACAUCUCGAAGAUUGGCCUGGAGGAUCUCCGUCGCAAUGUCACUAUCAUCCCGCAGGAUCCGGUGCUGUUCAAUGGCACUAUUUGCUUCAACCUUGACCCGUUCAGCGAGUACCCCGAUGAGAUUGUGUGGGAUGCACUGCACUGUGCGCAUCUGACCGCCAGCACCGCAAUCAGCCUGGUAGCGCUGGCUCGCGCUCUGGUCUGCCGGUCGCGACUGAUCAUCAUGGACGAGGCAACGGCGUCGGUCGAUUUCGAUACUGAUGACCGUAUCCAGCGCACGAUCCGUGGAUCCGAGUUUGCCGACUCGACCCUGUUCUGCAUUGCUCACCGGCUGCGCACCAUCAUCGACUAUGACCGCGUGCUGGUACUGGACAAGGGCAAGGUUGCCGAGUUUGAUACUCCAGCCAAUUUGCUCAACAGACAAGGCAGUAUCUUCCGGAGCAUGUGUGAAAAGUCCGGCGAGUUUGAAUAUCUUGCCGAUGCUGCCAAGCGAGCCCAAGAUGCCAAGCAGCUUUCUUAAAAUUAGUACGAUUCAAUACAGAGCCACA